UUCUCUCUCUUCCUGCUUCCGCUUUGCAAGAGCCAGCUCACUCGGGAAGUGUUGUCAGUGGCGCCGGCUCAAGCGCUGUCGUGGCCUUUGUGGGGUGAUCGGAAGAGGAGCUCGUCGUGAGGCCUCGGCCCCAGGGAUCCGCAGGAGGCGAGGCCUUUCCCCGCCAUUCCUCCCUCCCUCCCUCCCUGCGGCGAGCCAUCAUGAGGAGGGCCGGGCUGGGUGAAGGAACCGCUGGCGGCAAUUAUGGCUAUGCUAAUAGUGGUUACAGUGUGUACGAAGAAGAAAAUGAAAAGUUAACAGAAAGUUUGCGCUCCAAAGUCACUGCCAUAAAAUCACUUUCCAUUGAAAUUGGAACAGAAGUGAAACAGCAAAAUAAAAUACUAUCUGAAAUGGACAAUGAUUUUGAUUCAACAUCUGGGUUUCUUGGUGCAACUGUGGGAAGACUGAAAACUCUCUCCAGAGGAAGUCAGACAAAACUCUUAUGCUACAUGAUGCUCUUCUCCCUGUUUGUCUUUUUUGUCAUUUACUGGAUUAUUAAACUGAGGUGAUGCAGACACUUCGUGUGAGAAUAUUAGUGCCAUUGUGGACUCCUUGAAGUUUUUUUUAAAGAAACUACAAUAAGGAUUUAUGUAUCUGCCACUAUUUUGUGCAUUUUUAUGAGGCCAGAAACUCUUAUUUUUCAAAACCCUUAUUUUUUUAGGGUUCUUAAAUUGAAAUCAUCCCAAAUGCCAGCACUUUAUGGAAACAAAACAUAGUUGGUGAUCAAGUACUAUUAUUAAUAGUAUAAGCCUUUUCCUAUUCAAAAGCAACAUGUCUAGUUUGUAAUUAUUAUUGCUUUUUCUACCAAUAAGAAGCAAUAUGUUUUGACCAUGCUUUUUUUUUUAAGUUGUGGACCUAUCAAAGCAAAAUACUUUAAAGACUCAUUAAAACAGAAAUAUUAAGUAUGUGCUUAUUUGACCUUGAUUAUGUCAGUGAGGGCAUGCAGUUAAAAAUGUUGAUCUGAAUUGUUCAAAAGUUACUAACAUUUCUAAUUCCUUCAUAUGAUCACUGGAUUUUAUUUUAUAUGGCAGGCGAGAUGGAACUAAGGAGAAUAUACAGGUGGCUCAACUCACUUGCAGUGGUCAUGGAAGUGGAUUUCAGCCUCUUUUGGAUCCACAUGGUUUUUUGGCUCAAGCCACUGUACUCAGUUCUCAUUAUGAGAUUAGGAUCAUGUGCCUAGUGUUCAUAUAGUGAGGCUCAUCUUGUCCAUUUGACAGCACUAUUCUAGAGCAUGUUCUGUGCAUCUCUUUAGUUCAAGCAAAAUAGUACUUACGACCUCAAUGGGUUCUAUAGUACGUACAUAUUCAACUGAAUUAGACUGUUGUGUUUAUAUAUGGAGAUAUAAUACUCAGAGUUAUUUUUGACAAAGAUUAGAGAUUUGGUAUUGAAAGAGAUUUGGUAUCAUGAUGCUUAAGAGACCAUGCUGUUGUUGUACCCAUUUAUAUAUCUCUUAGAAGCAAAUCAAAUUGCAAAUAGUGGUACAAACAAUGCCAUUGUUCGAUUCUUUCAGGAUAAAACAUGUAUUUAAACUGGAAUGAUUCGAUGAGAAUUUACUUUGCCAAGUUGUUAAAAUCCUGCAACAGUACAUUCUAAUUCAGGCAAUAUGUGCACAUUUUAAAGAGGGGAAGAGAAGAUAUUUGGAGAUGCAGAUGUUGCUAUGGUCAUUUUUUCUGAGAAGUCAUUGCUUACUAAUGUGAACACUAGCUUCCUGAGUAUGAUGAGGCCACAGCAGGGGUUUUCAGCUGGUUUUGCCAUCAAGCUGUUUUGGGGUACGGUCAACAAAGCAGAGUAGGAGUGUUGACUUCAGCAUGCUGCACUGCACUUGUAUGGAUUUCUUUAGAGACAAAUAUAAAGGCAAACAAUACAUUAAUCUCUAGUGCAGAAGAACUGUCCCUUAUGGAGCAAGAUCUUGUAGUGCUUUGAGAAUAUCUUUAGUCUCAGAAUUUCCAUAGCAGGUGCUGAGAAGGGCCAACCAUUUCCCUGAGCUCAUUGAGAGAUUUCAGCAUAGAAGUAAAUCCAUUCCUUUCGUACUCAUAUGGACCUACAAAUAUGUUUUUAUUCAUUCUUACAUAUUUAUGCAUAGGGGUUUAAGAUGCCUUCCAGAGUGAAUAUUCAAGGUUUUAAUUUUAAAGUUUGAUAUUUGAUCAUUUGUAGCUUAUUAAAAUAAAACGCCUGUAUGAAAACUUUUAA